GACAUCUGCACCGAUGUCUGCGCAGACAGAUCGUUGCGUGUGGACUAUUGUCGUCGGAUUGUUGUCAUUACGAUGGGAAUGAGUAGGAUAUCUUCGGUCUUUCACAGCGAAAUCGCUAGGUAUCUUUGCGGCAAACUGAUAGAAGGCAAGGCGUUGACCGAGCGGUGUGUGGUUGCUGUCAAAAUAUUGACAGUAAACAACGACAAGUACUGCGGAGUUGGGAAAUGAUCAAGCUGUAAUAUCGGAUGUGUUUUUGAAAAACAAAACCUUCCCUGUUACGUUUUUAUUGUGUAUUUGAUUUGAUAUUAUCGAAUGAUUUCGUGAAAAAAUGGCAUUAAAUUUAACAAAACAUAGAAAUUCGUUGUUGGAGGCGUGGAAGGAUGUUUUGGACGAAAAAUCAGACACAAAUUGGGCAUUGUUCGGCUAUGAGGGACAAACUAAUGAUUUGAAGGUGGUAAGCAAAGGAGCUGGAGGCAUAGAAGAAAUGACAGAGGAUCUAAACAGUGGCAAGAUUAUGUAUGCUUUCUGUCGUGUUCAAGAUCCCAAGACUAGCUUGCCAAAAUGUGUCCUUAUAAACUGGCAAGGCGAAGGUGCACCAUUGGGACGCAAAGGGACAUGUGCCAACCAUGUUCGUGAUGUGGCUGCCUUUUUCAAGGGUGCUCACGUUACCAUGAAUGCACGAAAUGAGGAAGAAGUGGACCCCCAACUCAUAAUUGAAAAAGUAGCCAAAUCCACAGGCUCAGCAUAUAGCUUUAAGGAAAGAGCCGACAACACAAAUGAUGCUGGACCUGUUGGAACCACAUACAAACGUGUUAUCCCACGCCAAGAAAUUGAUGUUCAUGAGCGCGACCAGUUUUGGGAACGUGAACAGAGGGAAGAACAGCAACGUCAAGCUGAGGAACGCAAACGUCGUGAGGAAGAGCGGCGGAAGCUGGAAGAAGAGAGGCAUAAGAGGGAGUUGGCAGAAGCUGCAAAACGCGAAGCACGUAUUGAGGAACGCACUCGUACCAUUAGCCAGCAGCGUGAGGCAGAGCGCAGUGCAGAACAGCAUGAUCGUGAGAUAAUAGCUGCAAAAGUGGAUGCAGAGGAAGUAGCUGAACCCCGUGUUGAUGCUAGUGAAAGACUGCGACAGGAACGCAACAAGGAAGCACAGGAUCUCAUAUCUCAACGCAAAUUUGAUGCCCGAGCUGUGUUUGAGAAGAAUACAUGUGCAGGACAGCUACACAAUUUACGCCGUGCAUCAGCAACGCCCCCUGACUUAUCGACAAACUCCAGUCCUCUUGGCAGGAAAGCUUCAUUGCCAGUGUGGCCUCCAAAAAUGGAGAAUGGAAUCCAAGAGGAAGUACAGUCUGUUCCAACUCCAGAGCAGAGUCCUGUGAAAGUUCCAGAAAUGUUUAAAUCUGAGGCUGUGCAGGAAGAGGUUCUAGCUCCACCAAGGCAGUUCGAGCAAGAGUCUCCUACAGAACUUCUUCCUCAGGAGGCAGGCACAAACCCCAACUUAGACAACUGGCAAGUCCACCACAGUGAUAUAGAACCAGAGCAAGAAGUUUUGUUGAGUGAUGAUGUUGGACUCAGAGCUCGAGCUCUGUAUGAUUACCAAGCUGCCGAUGCUACAGAAAUAACUUUUGACCCUGGUGAUAUAAUUACACAUAUUGAUCAGAUUGAUGAAGGCUGGUGGCAAGGACUUGGACCUGAUGGAACAUUUGGUCUCUUCCCGGCAAAUUACGUGGAACUGAUUGACUGAGCUGCUGGCAUGUAUACAUGGCAAUUAUACUGUUGAUGUUCUGUGCAUUGUAUUAGUAAGGAUCAUUUGAAAGAUAUCCAUUUUAUAGAUUUUAUUAUUUUCACUGUUAUUGUGCACUUUUGAUUGUGACGGUACAUUUGCAUCCAGAAAAAGAUGUGUGAAACUAGAGAGUAUGAGUUUCUGUCUUUGUAAUAAUUUUGUUUGAGCAUUACUGUGAAACAGGAUAAGUCUUUGCAUAGGAUGUCAGGUUAUUCCAUUUCAGAUACACUAUAGCACUGCUCAAUAGACUGACUGACUGUUUACAUUCAUAGGUUCUUCCAGCAGUGUGAUACUUCUGUAAUUGUCUUGCAGCUCACACAGGUGACCACAUAUACAUAUUUGCUCAAGUUUUGAGAAAGAAUUUUUGAUGCAUCUCAAAUUUGAAUUGUUAUGUGAGUCAUUUGGGUAGAAUUGUUAUGCGAGUCAUUUGGGUACAGCAAGUCGUAGCAAUUUGUAAUUCAUAUCCCAAUGGGCAUUAUGAUGAGAGGGACACAUGUUGCGUCACAAGAAAUAAUUGUUAAAGAGAUACAUUUAAGUAGAUAGUAUUUUAACAUAUUUAUGGAGUGUUAAGUAACAAGUGUUGUAAAACUAUGUUAUUGCUUUGCAAAUGACUGUUAAACAUUAUACCCUUCAUUUUUCUUCAUGGUGAGUUCUUAAAGUUGGAGAUGAUAUGUGUUGUUAUUGUUGCUGGACACACAUUUUGAUGCUAGAGGGUAUAGCACAGUCGCUAACUAAGUGCAUGAGAAUAGUACAGCAGCAUGUUCAUUUGUAGAAGACAAUCCUGAGAUCACAACAAGUCAAAAUGUUGUAUCUUGACAAAGUGAAGUGUGUGCCUUGAAGGACAGCAAUGUAUUUUGAAAAUACUUAAAUUGUAGUCUUAAAGGGCAAUUUCCCUUCCAUUUGAAUGAGUUCUUAAACACCUUGAUUUGUUUGUCUGCUAGGCAAGACAAGGCCUUUGUCACUGAGAGCACACUACACUGAUCUUGUUUAGGAGGAAUGUGUUAUACAUACUCAUUGUAAAAGAUUUUCCUUCUUUUGUGUUAGUUAGCAUCUUGGCUUUCUGGAACUGUUGGAGAGCACCUGUCCUGAAUAGAUGAUAACACAAACAUAGGCUUUCCAUUGAUCACUUGUUUUAUUAAUGUCCUGUCAUUAUGACAACCUGCUACGUCAACAGAGAGAUACAGAGUGAAAAUUACAAUAAAGAAUCCUUGUCCGUACUAUCAGUUUCCCAAAAUUCUUAAUCUGAAUCAAAAUGCCUACAGUCUUUAACUUUUAUAUGAAGCAAUUGUAAUUUUCUCUUUUUCUGUUUUUACUACCGAUUCCAAAAAUUUUAGUUAGAAUUCAGACUCAUAAACAAAUAUUUUACUUUGUAAUACACAUGGUAGUUACAGGGAAAACAUACAGUUAUACAUCAACAUAGUCAAGUAUGUAAAUGUGUCAAGAGAUACUUUUUGCAUCUAAAUAUGAAUGUGAUAGUCUUCCUGUGGCCUAAAAUGGAACUUGAACAAUCCACAGUUCACCAUCUGUUCUUUCAGUCUUCUUUGUAUACAUAGAUACACUCAAGCUAUACCUGUUGUAACUACAAAUAAUGAUGAAAAAGAACACUUGUGUUAUACAGGGCAAGAUGAUUGCUGCAUAUGAUGUAAUUUUGCUUGCCUAACAGUUCUGUAGCAAGAAGUUUGAAAAAACAAGUUAGUGAUACUUAAUCUGUGUAUUCAACAUGAUGCAUAACCUAUGUUUAUAUGUCCGUGAAUAAACAGUGAAUUAGAACUGAGUUGGAAACAACUUCAAAUUUUAUGUUAUAGUUGACACUGAUACAAAAUCUCACUAGGACAAAACAUCAAAGUUAGAAAUUGUAUUAGGCCAUUACUUUUACACUCAGUGAUGCUUGUACAAAACCUUCAUCCUUGUUAGUGAUUAAAUGAGCCUUUUUGUGCAAUUUUUCUUUUACUGUUCAUAUCUGUAAUGAGUUCAUUUUACAGUUAUAAUAAUUUAUUUAAUUUUGUAUGUACACUUUCAGGCAUUGCUUAGUUGUCAUUUCAGUAUGAAAGUGCACCUGCAACAGUAUUAUGUCUCACUUUAUAGUUCUAGAUUGAACUGUGUAACAGACUGAGUAUUACAUAAAUGUGUGUGUGUUCAUUGCAAAAUCUUCAGUCCAUGAACUAUCCAAGCAUAUUUUCAAUCUGUUAUUUAUUCUUGCCUUAAGACCCCAAUGAAGCAAAAAAAUAUAACUCGACAGAAAACAGCAAUUUCAGAGUAUGUUAUAUUGCUGUGGCAGUUUCUAUGCAUCUUAAGUUUUAUUUAAGACAUGAAGUUACUGUCUUUGAUGUUGUACAUACAUGUGUUACAUUCUGCCAUUUUUUUUUCCUUUUUGGAAAUAGAAAACUUCUUUUUAACUGAAAAUUCUUUGCAGAUGCAAUUUCACUGUGUAUAUUUUCUAUGUUGGUAAUCUAUUUGCAAGUCAAACUCAGCAGAUAUUGUCAAGUUGAGUGUUGUAUUUAAAUCAUGUGUGAGACUUUCUGAAUAUCUUUGUUUGGGUCUUCAUAUUUACUGCUGUUAAUCUGACUUUAAUAAUUUUGUAUGGUUAGGGAUUUAAUCACAAAGGCAGUCACUAUUUUAAGUUUUAUCAUAACUAAAAUAUAACAUUUAAAUUAAAAAAAAAGCCUGACACUGUAUUUUGGAGAUUGAAGUAUUACAAAUUUCAUCGUAUUCAUUAGACUGUAACAAAUAAAGUAUGAAAUCGCCAUGAAA